UUGUUGCAUGAGAGCCACACGCCCCCCUGAUGUGUGCCAGUGCCAGUUAUUGUCACCGCUCUGCUUUCUUCUCUCUCCUCUCUCUCGACGCGCAUUGGACGGCUGACUGUGCGUAAGCUUCCACUGAAACUGUCGCCUAUAUUAUUGCCCUGUCUACAUAAACAUCGAAAGAUUGAAGGCUUGAACGCGGACUUUCGCAGAAUAUUUGAAGCACUCGGUGCCAAAGUGUAAUUAGAAAGUGGCAGCUGAACAUUUUGGCUGAAGCUUUGUGCGCUCUGCUGCUGCUGCUGCUGGAGUUGCGCUCAGGACUUGCCUUGGUGCGGAUGUAUACUGACCUAUGGUGCAAUUUUGAACUUCUUUACUUUUCUAUGUGAUGCCAUGCAUGAUGCCGGCUGGGAGCUGCUCCUGUGUUGGACUUUACGCACCGCAUAACAGCCAACUUCAGGUGCCUUCUGGUGAUGCGGAGGAUGCAGAGAAAGACAAACCUUUAGACCAACUGAGGACGAGGGAUUGAAGAGCUUUUUUCAAUUCUGGAAAAAAAAAAAAUUGUUUCGGGAGCUCAACCGAGAAUCAUUGUGCAGGAUGCAUCACAAUAGACGUUUGGUUUUGGUUUUACGCAUUUUAUCAGGCGUCUGAGCGUCUUUCUCUUCCAAAACAAAAUGCUUCAAAGAGUGAUACAAGUCCCAGAUAAAAACAAGUAGAUAAGACACAAAGUGAAACGUUGCUUUUUCCACGCGCACUAUUGCUUUUUUGUGUGCAAAAUGACUGGAUGAGGAAGCAUGGCGUUUUGACCAGAAAAAUAUGCUUUUUUCAUUUUUUAAUAACGAUGCUGCAAGUAGGAUUUUGUUUUGUCUUUGAAUUAACACACCAUACAGUGUUUUGGGGGAUUCUUGUUUUCGCCUAACGACUCCAAGAAACAUGUUGCAUAUCCUUGCGCUUCAGUCGGCGGUGUUACUUUUUGCAGUAGCCGACUGUCGAGUCUUAGAGGGAUUGCAGAGAUAUUCCUCCAUCCCCACAUACCUGCCUGUCAACUACCAGGUGCUCAACGCGGACUUGGCGUUCUUCCUGAAGGAAGCCAACCAGGACUUCAUGAGGAACUCUAGCCUGAUGUCGCGGACUGAGCCCUUCUUUAUCUACCAGGCCAGAAGUUUGCCCUCGAUGAACACCAGCUACGGGCCUCUCUCUGUGGAGCAGCCCGUCCCUUUAGAGCUCCUACAGAGCCCGGGGACGUUCCCUGCCUCUUCUGUAUUCACCUUCAACUGGAAGGUGCAGACCUUUAUCAUGAACACCAGGAUUCACUUGGCCAAGCCCAGAGUCCAGGUGCUGUUUUACAUCGUGGGCAGGGACUGGGACGACUACAGCGCCAUCGACAAGCUGCCCUGUGUGCACAUGUUCGCUUUCCACGAGACCCAGGAGGUGCGUGGCACUUGCCUGCUGAAGGGGGGACUGGGGCUGUGCGUGGCCGAGCUGGAGCCCUUGGCCGGCUGGUUCAGCCCGCCCAGCGUAGUGCCGGGACGCCAGAGGAACCUCGAAGCGUCCGAGGGCACGCCGGUGGAGCUCUACUACAUGCUGCAGUCCACAGAGGCAGGGGAGUGCCACUCGGAUGAGGCCAGGAAGGACAACUUCAUCCGCUCAAGCCAGGAAGGGCUGUUUGGCUCCUACACCUCCACACCGCUGCGGAGGAUCGGGGGUGUGAGGCUCUACCAGAACCCCAAUCCACCGCCCCUCGCUGAGCACAGGCUGGAUAAUAACUUUAUGGUCAUGGUGCCAGCCACACCCAUGAGACGGAGGGAAACCAUCUCUGCUUUUAUCACUGUGUCAGCCGAGUCUCCUGUGGAGAUGUUUACUCUCAGAGUGAAGUUGAAAGAAGGAGUGACGUUUCUCGGGGCUCGUCCCAGCAAUCCCACUCAGUGGAUAGUUAGCCAGGAUGUGAGGAGCGAAGGCCACCGAGUGGUGACUCUCCACUGCCGCAGGAAGGAGUCCGGCUACGAUCAGCAAAGGUCUGAGAUGGGAGUUCAGAGGGUGCUCCAGGUGGAUUUGAAGAUGGAAAGCUUUCCGGAGCCGCUGGGCAGCCGCUGGAUGGCCUGGCAGGUGGAGUACCCGGCCAGUCGCGCCGCCACACAAGAGGCUGAGACGGAGAUCCAACUGGCGCAGGAGGACCUGGCGGGCAUCGUGCCCCUGGCCAUGGACUCCGAGAUUUUGAACACCGCCGUGCUGACUGGGAAGACAGUGGCUGUUCCAGUAAAGGUGGUGACCAUCGGAAUAGACGCUUCUGUCACUGACGUCUCCGAAGCAGUGAAGUGUCGCUCUACAGAUGAAGAUGUGGUCAAGGUGUCAGACAGGUGCGACUAUGUUUUCGUGAAUGGCAAGGAGAUGAAGGGCAAGGUGAGGAUGAUGGUGAACUUCACCUACGGAUACCUGAGCGCUCAGCUGGAGCUCAACGUGUGGAUCCCUCGACUCCCCCUCCAGAUUGAGGUGUCCGACACGGAGCUGAGCCAGAUCAAAGGGUGGCGGGUGCCCAUCAUGGCUGCCAGUCAGAGGUCCACACGGGACAGCGAAGACGAGGACGACGAAGACAGACGAGGACGAAGCUGCACACUGCAGUACCAGCACGCCAUGGUCAGAGUCCUGACUCAUUUCGUAGCCGAGUCAGCCGAUCCUCGAGGCCAGACCAGCUUCAUGCUGGGCUCUGAUUGGCAAGUGGACAUCACGGAGCUGGUGUGGGACUUCCUGAAGGUAGAGGACCCCCAGAUUGCACAGCUACUGGACAGGAGGAUACUGGUGGGACUGGACAUGGGGAUGACCACGAUCCAGGUGUUGUCUCCAUUGUCAGACUCGAUCCUGGCAGAGAAGACCGUCACAGUGGUGGACGACAAAGUGACCAUCACAGAGUUGGGCGUCCAGCUGGUGACGGGCCUCUCCAUGAGUCUGCAGCUCAGCCAGGGAAGCAACAGAGCCAUCUUGGCUACCACGACCACACAGGAGAUCCUGCAGAACCCCAAACAGGAGGCGUUGAUCAGCGCCUGGCUACAGUUCAGCGACGGCUCCGUGGCUCCUCUAGACCUGUAUAACCCCGACUUCUUUGUCCUGACGGCCACCUCCCUGGACGAGGAAAUAGUGACGGUGCAGCAGAACCCCUCCUGGAAAUGGCCCGUCAUCGUGACGGAGGCGGAGGGCCAAGGCCUGCUGGUCAGGGUUGAGAUGACCGUUUGCGAGGUCUGCCAGAAGUUCAAGCGCCGCAGCGUCCUGGCGGCAGGGAACUGUAACGUCAGGGUGAAGUUUGGUCACGGUGACAGCGCAAGGGGAGGGGGCAGCGAUUACGGCCCUGAUGGAGACGAUAUGGAGAGCAGAGGCAGGCUCUCCCCCUCCCAGGACAGGACCGGCCCUGACACUCACUACUACGGCAGCUCCAUCUCUGACAUGGAGGACGGGGUGCUGAGGAGAGCCACCACCACUAGAAGCGCAAUAAUGCGCAGACCCAAUGGAGAUAAACUUUCAGAUGACGGCAGGCAGAACAUGCCGAUCGACUUUGCCGACUUCCCUGCUCAAGUGGACCUGCCGCGUGGCCGCAAUAUGGACGACGACCUCAUCCAGACCGCUCGCGGGCUCACAGACCUGGAGAUCGGUAUGUACGCCCUGCUGGGGGUCUUCUGCCUCGCCAUCCUGGUCUUCCUCAUCAACUGCAUCUCCUACACCCUGAAGUACCGCCACAAGGAGCUGUCGAUCGAGGGCCAGGAGAACAUGAACCACGCCCACGACUGGGUGUGGCUGGGGAACGAGGCGGAGCUGCUGGAGAGCCAGAUCAGCCUGUCGCCCCAGCAGGAGGAGCAGACCUCCAUGAUGGACUCGAGCAGCGGGCUCGAGGAAGGCAGCCACCUGCUGAACGGAGGCUCGGCCCAGAAGAACGUGCAGGGCCAAGUGCACCGGGCGGCGGACACGGGGUGCGUAGCCAAGGACAGCAAAGGAGACUCCCCCACCACCAAGAGGAAGCGAGUCAAGUUCACCACGUUCACCACCAUCCCCUCAGACAGUAGCUACCCCACUGUGAACACACUGACUGGAAGCCACAGCCAGGACAUUAAGUGGGUGUGCCAGGACAUGGAGCUGGGAGACUCCAAGGAGCUGCGCAAUUACAUGGAAAGAGGACAGUGGGUCUGGACAGAAACCGGACCCGGAAAUUGACUUCAGAAUCAUCCCCCCAAACUGCCAAAGGGUCAUUAAAUUAAAGAGGAUAUUCCACAAGAGACUGAUGAUGGAUCGCUAACGAAGUAAAAGUCAAUGAAUGAGGACGUCAGGUUUUUGUUCAUUUGUUUAUCGGAUGAUUCCCUUUUUGUCAUUUUAUUACAACAGGGUUUCGCUAGAAGGAUCCCAGGACUAUGACCUGUAAUAUUCAGAGAUGUAGAUUUUAAAAAAACCAACAGUAACACGACUAGAUAGAUGUUCCGAAUGUGUGUGCACAUUAAAUGGUUUUGGAAAGUUUUGUAACAUUUUGGAUAUUAAUUUCUUAUACGCCAGGUCCUUAUUCUGUGGAAGAGUUCUGGAGAGGCCAAAGUAAGCAACGAUAAGAUGUCUGCAUGUCGAUGGAACAACAAAAAAAAAAAACAAGGCACAACUUUCCGGUUCAUUCAUCAUCCUCCUUAACACGGCAGAAGACCAGUUAUGUAUAUACCGAACAGUCUCCAAAGCAUUGUAUUGUUGCUCUGUAUAAUGUAUUUUUCAUAACAUUUAAGAAAUACACAACAAUGUCAA